GAACCGACAAGAGCUACCGCGAAGGCCGUGGGGAGCCGAUGACGGUGAAUUAAGGAGGAUCCGAAGCUACAUCAGAAAGUUCGAUAUGCGACUACGGCGUCCUUUUGGCUCUUGCGAUAUUGAUUCCAAAGUAUUUCAGAAUUUUGCCGUAGUGAUCCUUUCUAUGUUGCUCGCGUAAAGUUAGCUGAGGCGGCUUCUCUCCAAAACUCAUCAUCGGCUUCCAAGAUGGCAAUUUCGCGGCCACAUCCUCUACAGCUCAUCUCGGCCGAUGAAGUCACGAAGGCCAGUGCGAUAGUUCGCAGCAUCGCAGAAAAGCAGGGUGUUGCAAUUGGGACAAAGUCUGGACUGCGGUUCAAGAAUAUUUCGCUGCAUGAUCCACCGAAAGCAUUGUUACUACCGUACCUUGACGCAGAAGCUGCAGGAGUUCCUGCGGCUGAUAGACCAUUCGUCCCGAGACUCAUAUUGGCGAUCUGGAGUUAUGAUCGAGAGAGCCGGGUGGUGGAAAGCGUCGUCAGUUUGGACUCGGGCACAGAGGUUGCUCAAAGUCAGACGGCCAAGGGGCAACAUGGAUCUAUCGAUCGAGUCGAGGUACGCGAUAGUCAGCAGCGGAUGCUGGAGGAUCCAUUGGUGAUAGAGGCUAUUGCAAAGCUGAACUUGCCACCAGGGACUAUUGUUCAGAGUGAUCCAUGGAUGUACGGGGCAGACAGGAACUCCAACAAGGAUACUCACAAAUUCAUGCAAGCGCUCCUAUAUGCGCGGGCACCCGACAACCACCCGGACAGUAAUCAGUAUGCAUUUCCAUUGCCUAUAUCCCCACUUUACGACAUAUUCGAAGACAAGGUGGUGGAGAUUACCAAGUUGGCUACUGGAGGCCAGGAAGAUGGACUUGCAUACGACACAGCGUCGGACAAGCCUAUGGCGCACUGCCAAGCGAACGAGUACCAUCCAGACCUUCUUCCUCCAGCAAGGACAGAUCUGAAGCCACUGCAUGUUAUUCAACCCGAGGGACCAAGCUUCACCAUCACGGAGGAGAACUGCGUGUCUUGGCAGAAAUGGCGCUUCAGAGUGGGCUUCAAUUACCGCGAGGGCAUGACAGUCCACGAUGUGCGUUAUGAUGGCCGACCUGUGUUCUACCGUCUCUCCGUGAGCGAGAUGACAGUCCCCUACGGCGAUCCGCGCAGCCCGUUCCACCGCAAGCAGGCAUUUGAUCUGGGUGAUGCCGGGGCCGGAAGUACGGCCAACUGUUUGUCUCUAGGGUGCGACUGCUUGGGUUCCAUCGCCUACUUCAGCGGCUAUCUCAAUGAUGAGGAAGGAGCGCCUGUGAAAGCAGAAAAUGUCAUUUGCUUGCACGAACAGGAUGGUGGCGUCGGCUGGAAGCACACCAAUUUUCGAACGCGAAACCCGAGCAUAGCCCGCGCGAGAAACUUGAUCUUGCAGACUAUCAUCACGGUAGGAAAUUACGAGUACAUCUUCGCAUGGUGCUUCAUGCAAAAUGGAAAUGUCGAGCUUGAGACGCGGGCUACUGGAAUCCUCUCAACCGCGCUCAUCGAUCCUGGCAAAACGAGCGAGUGGGGGAAUGUUGUGAACCCAGGGGUCCUGGCGCCAAAUCAUCAACAUCUGUUCAGCUUGCGAGUCGACCCUAUGUUGGACGGCGCCAGAAACUCCGUUUUCUACGAGGACAGUAUCGCAGUGCCGUACUCCGAGGAAGAGAACCCGCAUGGCAAUGCCUGGCGCGUGGUCAAGACGCCUUUCGAAACGAGUGGUUUCGUCGACGCCGACCCCUUUGCGAACAGGGUGAUCAAGAUGGUGAACGAGACGAAGCGGAAUCCAAUUUCAGGAAAUCCUGUGGGGUACAAGCUAGUCCCGCAACCAUGUCAGCUCAUCCUCGCGGGUGAAAAUUCCGUCGUUCGCAAACGGGCCAAGUUUGCUGAGCAUCACGUCUGGGUGACCAAAUAUCGUGACGGCGAUCUCUGGGCAGGAGGCAAGUGGACGAACCAGAGUCUGUCCGAGGUGGAUGGCGUGUUUGACUACGCAGCACGGAACGAGAAGGUCAGGAAUGAGGACGUGGUGGUUUGGUUGACUUUCGGCAUGACGCAUAACCCCCGGGUUGAGGAUUUCCCCGUUAUGCCUUCAGAGAUUUCAACCAUUAGUCUCAAGCCCGCUGACUUCUUCGACCGGAACCCAGCACUUGACGUACCACAGAGUCGGCAGGAGGUUAACAAGAGUGUGCUGGUGUCGGACCCACUGCCGACAGCGAGCAAGAUGGUUGGCGGUGGCGAUGAGUGCUGCGAUGUCAAGUCGAAGCCGUGACCGAGUAAAUUGGCAAACAUUUUCCGCAGGACCGCGAGGGCUUGGUGGCUCAAAUGACCUAAAUGGCAUAUGAUGAUAUUCAAAUAGGGAACAGAACAGUCGAUCCCAUAAGCACUCGACCUGACGAGACAUGAAAGAAAUACUCAUAUUGGACUUCAGCUAUAGCAACAGAAAGGGAUAUUAUUUGACGUAACCUCGGAUGAUGCCUGUACACGAUGGAAUGUAUGAAGGCGGCCAUCAGAGCAUUAUGUACAGAGC